ACAUGACUCUGCUCUGCUAUGCUCUGUUCUGUUCUGUUCCCUGAUUUCUUUCUCAACCGUUUUCAGCCCCUGAAAAGAGAAAAAAAUGAACUCGCAAUAAAUAAAAUCAUUCAAAUAAAAAGCCUACAUUUAUUAAUUCUCGGCCUCUCUCUUUAUUUUUAUUUUUAUUUUUAUUUUUAUUUUUAUUUUCUGUGGCCGGGACCUCCUCGCCCUUCCUCCUCCCUCUAUAUAGAGCCUUUGGCUCUUCCCCAUCUCUCACUCACUACGCUCUGUACUCCUCUGCGUCCCACAAUCUCAUGUGUCCCUGGUUUAUCAGAAGUUUUUGCUGAUAAAUCAUACCAACAUUGCCAUUUUCCUCCAAAAAUUGUUCAGUUUUUUGCUAAUGUGCUGAGCAUUGAGUAGAUCUCAGUGUUCCUGCAUUUGGGUUCUUUUUAUUUUCUGAACCCCUUUGUGUUUGAAUUUCGUUUAUUUUUUGUUUGCUUGGGUAUGGAGAAGCUUGGGAGGCUUGUUACCAUGAUUCCUCUGUUUUUGCUUCUUUGUGUGCCUUUUGCUUUCGGCGGUCAUGACUAUGGCCAGGCUCUGAGCAAGAGCAUUCUCUUUUUCGAGGCUCAGAGAUCUGGGUACCUUCCCUCAAAUCAGAGAGUCACAUGGAGGAGCAAUUCUGGUUUGAACGAUGGGAAAGCCAGCGGGGUGGAUCUGGUGGGAGGAUACUACGAUGCCGGGGACAAUGUGAAGUUCGGGCUCCCCAUGGCCUUCACAGUCACCAUGAUGUCCUGGAGCAUAGUGGAGUAUGGAAGGCAAAUGGCUUCCAGUGGAGAGCUUGGGCACGCCAUGGAUGCUGUCAAGUGGGGCACCGACUACCUCAUCAAAGCCCAUCCAGAGCCCUACGUCCUCUAUGGAGAGGUCGGAGAUGGGAACACCGACCACUACUGCUGGCAGCGGCCGGAGGACAUGACGACCAAUCGAAAGGCUUACAAGAUCGAUCCGAGCAAUCCCGGGUCGGACCUCGCCGGAGAAACCGCCGCUGCCAUGGCCGCCGCCUCCAUGGUCUUCCGCCACUCUAACCCUGCUUACGCCAACGAGCUUCUCGUCCACGCUCACCAGCUCUUCGAGUUCGCGGACAAAUUCAGGGGCAAAUACGACAGCAGCAUUACGGUGGCGCAGAAGUACUAUAAAUCCGUCAGUGGAUACGCCGACGAGUUGCUGUGGGCAGCUGCGUGGUUGUACCAAGCAACCAACGACGGGUACUACUUGAGUUACCUCGCAAACAACGCUGACUCACUGGGUGGAACCGGCUGGGACAUGAACGAGUUCGGAUGGGAUGUCAAGUAUGCUGGGGUUCAAGUUCUUGUGUCCAAGUUCCUAAUGCAAGGGAAAGCAGGGCAGUAUGCAUCAGUUUUUGAGGAGUACCAAUCCCAGGCAGAAUCCUUCAUGUGCUCGUGCCUUGGGAAGGGCACAAAGAAUGUUAAGAUGACUCCGGGAGGACUCAUUUACCGGCAGUCGUGGAACAACCUGCAGUUUGUGACGAGCGCCUCUUUCCUCCUUGCAGUCUACUCCGAUUAUCUAACUUCUUCCAAGAAGAUGCAAGCACGGUGUGCUGCUGGAACUGUCACAGCCCCCGAGCUUCUGUCCUUUGCAAAAUCUCAGGUGGACUACAUUCUUGGGGACAACCCGCGAGGUACAAGUUACAUGGUGGGGUAUGGAAGUAACUACCCUCAACAGGUUCACCACCGGGCGAGCUCGAUUGUCUCCAUUAAGGUUGAUUCAUCAUUUGUGACCUGCCGGGGAGGGUAUGCCACUUGGUUUAGCAGGAAAGCUAGCGACCCGAAUCUCCUCACUGGUGCCAUUGUUGGUGGCCCUGAUGGCUAUGACAAUUUUGCUGAUCAAAGGGACAACUAUGAGCAAACAGAGCCCGCUACCUACAACAAUGCUCCUCUUCUAGGCAUAUUGGCAAGAUUAAGCAGUGGUCGAGGAGGCUUCAAUCAGGUCCUCCCAGUGGCUCCCCAGCAACCCAAGACUACUCCUCCUCCUACUACUCCAGUUUCAUCUUCUUCUCCAGUUGAGAUUGAGCAGAAGGUCACAGCUUCAUGGAAUGCCAAGGGGAAAACCUACCACAGAUACUCCACAAUAGUGACCAACAAGUCCACACAGACUUUGAAGGAUCUUAACUUAUCAAUUAACAAGCUUUGGGGUCCUUUGUGGGGUCUCAAAAAGUCUGGUGCCAAUUCGUAUGCUCUUCCCUCGUGGGUCAGUUCUCUACCUGCUGGCAAAAGCAUCGAGUUCGUUUACAUCCAUUCUGCUUCUCCAGCAGAUGUCUCGGUCUCGCACUACACUCUGGUCUGAGACAAGGAGAAACUUGGUUAUACGAGGUGAAAGAUCGAUGUUUGCAUCAUUUUCUGGGGUUGUAAUUUAUGAAUUGUGCAGCUUAUACAAAGUGCAGUCCAGGAAGGUCUUUUUUAUUUUUCCUGAAGUUUGUUCUUGUUAAUUUGGCAGCUAAGUAGGGUUUUAGACAAAGGUAAAUAAGAAAAGAUUGAAGGUUGGAGGAAGAAAGGAGUGAAGGGACAAUUAAAAAGGAAGUGCUCAUCCUCUUUCUCCUCCAUAUUAUUAGUUGCAUAGAGAGAUUGGAGAAGAGGGAGAUAGUGAAUGUGUUGAGAAGGAAAGCAGUUCUCAACACAAUCCAACGAGUCUUUGUUUCUUUUUUCUGUAUUCAAUGUUAAUUUCAAACCAACUUUGGAAGCUUCUUUUUGGUUGUGAUGUUGUAAGCUUUGCAGCAGUUCUUGUUUCUCAUAUAAUAUAUAGCUGGUUGAAUUAA